AUGAAUCCUCCCAAGUUUAAAAACCUUACCCUUGAAGUGGUGGAUGGCGCUAUUGCCAUCAUCACGCUUCGGCGUGAAUUCUCCGCCAAUUCCUUGCAUCCUGAGCUAUUGAUUGAAUGGAUUGCUGCUAUGAGAUGGGUGAUUGCGGUGCCCGAGAUUAGCGUCGUCGUUCAGACAUCCGCCGGCAAAUUCUUUUGCACAGGAAUGGACUUUGACAAUUGGCCACCACCAAAGGAAGAACUAGCCGAGAACAUGGAUUCAUUCAUUGCUAAUUUCAAGGUCCUGAACGAGCUGCUCAUCACCUGCGACAAGGCCCUCAUCGCUGCUGUCAACGGGCCAUGCGCCGGCUAUGGAGUCACUUGUUUGGCCCUCUACGACCUCGUGUAUGCGGUGCCCAGCUCCUAUUACUUCUGCCCAUUCCUGAAAUGGGGAUUCUCCGCUGAAGGUUGCUCUACGCUGACCUUCCCCCAAAUCAUGGGCCAUCAGAAGGCCUCGGCUCUGCUGCUCGCCGGAGAGAGAAUGUCGGCAGAGGAGCUCAGCGCGGCAGGGCUGAUUACAAAGGUUGUGGGCGAGAACUCUUUGAUGAAGGACGUCAUGGAGGUGGCGACCCGCAUUUCGCGCUGCCCGCCUGGUGCGCCGGCUGCCACCAAGAACUUGAUGCUGACCAACAACCGUGAGCGGCUGUUGUCGAUCAACGCUUUGGAGUGCGUCGUUUUGAGAACUAGACUUCAUGAUCCGGCAUGCCAAGCGGCCGCUGCCGCCUUCACAGAGAGGAAGCAAAAGCGUGCUGGCAGUAGACUCUGA